ACUAGUUCGACUUCGUCUAGCAGUUUUGCGUUUGCCUAAACCGUAAUUUUUUACAAUUCAAAUCACAUCAGGGUAUUGUAAAAACGUUAAAUAUCUGGGACUUUCCUUUUUUGCACACAUACAUCUGCAUGUAAAACUAACAUCGAUAGAAAUGUUUAAAAGGUCACAUUUAAGUUUUCUUGUCUCGCUAUCGAGAAACAUGGCAGGGCACAGUAAGUGGGCUAAUAUCAAGCAUAUAAAAGGUGCCAAAGAUGCUGAAAGGGCUGAUCUCCAUAUGAAACUUUUUCGACAAAUUAAGGCAGUUAUCAAAGAACAAGGCUCAUCUGAUCCAAAACAAAAUAUCAAACUAGCCCAUCUUGUAGAGCAAGCACGUCAACACAAUGUGCCAGUAGAGAAGGUACACCAAGUACUGAAAAGUGCUGCUCAGUCACAAGAAGAUUUAAAGCAAUAUAUUCUGGAAGUCAGAGGUCCCAAAGGAACUUUUUUUGUACUUGAGGUUCUCUCUACCAGUUAUUUAAAAGCAAAACAGGGUAUCAAUACAAUCAACAGAAAGUUCAAUGGAUCUUGGGCAGAUGGAGUUUCAAACAAUUUGUUUAAUCAUAAAGGAUUAAUAAAGGUUUCCCCACUAUCACAAGGCCAAACACUUGAACAAGUUCUUGAUGAUGCAAUUAAUGUAGGAGCUGAAGAUGUCACAGCUGAAGAAGAGGGGCAUUUUGUCUUUACAUGCAACCCUAGAGAUUUUUUUAACAUCAGAAGAGCUAUAAACCAACUUGGCUACAAUGUAAUAGAAUCUGAUUUACAUUAUAUCCCAUUAAGUAGAGUACUAAUUGAAUCCGAAGAAGAUAUAGCGUUAGUAUCGAAGUUGUACAGCAAAUUAGAAGAAGAACCUGAUGUUGUAAAAAUUCAUGAUAAUAUUGAAUGAUUAGGAGUACAAUAAAAAAUUGUCUUAGA